AUGUUAAUCCAACCACUUGCCCGCGCCGCCAGCCGGCCGGGUCUUCGAACAUGCAGUUUGCGCCCGCAUCCUCUACAUCACGGCAUUCGCGUUUUCACCUCUUCCCAGUUACACAGAAAAGAUGCGCACGGUCAGCGGCCAAAGCCAGGCUCCAAGCUUGCCAUUGAAGUCACCAAACCUGCCGCCGACCCCGCCGCUGCCAAAGUCGCAAAGACGGAUCCAUUGCUUCAAGAGCAGGUCUUGACCAACAAGGAGCAGCGCAAGGCGGAUUGGGCCAUUAUGAAAGAGAUGUCGGCAUACUUGUGGCCAAAGGAUAACAUGGGCACGAGGUUCAGGGUCGGCCUCAGUGUCGGGCUGCUUGUAGGCGCAAAGCUGCUGAACGUUCAAGUUCCCUUCUACUUCAAGAGCAUUGUAGACGCCAUGAACAUAGAUUUUGCAGCUGUUGGAGGCACAGCCACGACAGUGGCAGGCUCUAUGAUCAUCGCAUACGGAAUGACUCGUAUUGGCGCCACCGUAUCCCAAGAACUCCGGAAUGCCGUCUUCGCCAGUGUGGCUCAGAAGGCUAUACGCAAGGUCGCUUGCAGUGUUUAUGACCACCUGCUAAGACUCGACCUGAGUUUCCAUCUAUCAAGACAAACAGGAGGCUUGACACGGGCCAUUGAUCGCGGAACCAAGGGCAUCAGCUUCUUGUUGACCGCCAUGGUCUUCCACAUCUUUCCUACAGCCUUAGAGAUCUCAUUGGUAUGCGGCAUCCUGACAUAUCAAUAUGGCUGGCAAUUCGCUCUCAUCACCGGCACGACCAUGACAGCCUACUCCAUCUUCACCAUCAUGACUACAUCAUGGCGGACUAAGUUCAGGAAGCAGGCAAAUGCCGCAGACAACAAGGCGGCCACCGUUGCCGUCGACUCCAUGAUCAACUAUGAAGCUGUAAAGUACUUCAACAACGAAAAGUAUGAGGUCGGCCGCUACGACAAGGCUCUGAAAGACUACGAGAAGGCCUCGAUCAAGGUCGCCACCUCCCUCGCCUUCCUCAACUCUGGUCAAAACAUCAUCUUCUCUUCCGCUCUAACUGCCAUGAUGUAUCUCGCUGCCAACGGCGUUGCCACUGGCCAAUUGACAGUCGGUGACCUUGUCAUGGUUAACCAGCUUGUCUUCCAGCUCUCCGUGCCCCUGAACUUCCUCGGCUCCAUGUACCGCGAACUACGACAGAGUCUCCUAGAUAUGGAGACAUUGUUCAACCUACAAAAAGUCAACGUAGCCGUCAAGGACAAGCCCGACGCUAAACCCCUCGCCUUGAAGACCGGAGAGAUCAAAUUCGAAAACGUAACCUUUGGUUACCGACCCGACCGACCCAUCAUCAAGAACCUCAACCUCACCAUCCCCGCCGGAAAAAAGGUCGCCAUCGUCGGACCCAGCGGCUGCGGAAAAUCAACAAUCCUACGCCUUCUCUUCCGUUACUACGACGCUCAAGAAGGUCGCAUUCUAAUCGACGGCCAAGACAUCCGCGACGUUUCUCUAGACAGCUUGCGAAGAGCCAUCGGUGUCGUACCACAGGAUACUCCGCUCUUCAAUAACACCAUUCAACAUAACAUCCACUACGGCAACCUAGAAGCAACACAAGAACAAGUCAUCGAAGCGGCAAGACGUGCCCGUAUCGACGAGAGCAUCAGCCGUUUCCCAGAUGGAUACAACACCAUGGUUGGUGAGCGCGGUAUGAUGAUCUCGGGUGGUGAGAAGCAGAGACUAGCUAUCGCGAGACUGGUUUUGAAGGAUCCGCCAUUCCUAUUCUUUGAUGAAGCUACUUCCGCCUUGGAUACACACACCGAGCAAGCUCUCCUCUCACACAUCAACUCACUCGUCAAGGAGAAGAGGCGUACUUCCGUCUUUGUUGCGCACCGUCUCCGCACUAUUUACGACUCUGAUGUUAUUAUCGUGUUGCGCGAGGGUAAUGUGGCUGAGAGUGGAACGCAUCAAGACCUGAUUGAUCGCGAUGGAUUGUACAGUGAGCUAUGGAGUGCACAAGAGACCAUGUUUGUCGAGAAGGAGGAGGGUGAGAAUGAGGUAAAGGGCGGUGAGAAGAAGGACUAA